AUGACGGCCCCUCCUCUGCCGUUCCUGUACCAGACGCGGACGAUUCUGCAAUGCCGCCGACUGCCUCGCUGUCUCGGCUCGCGUCUGCUGCACCAGACCACGCCCACCCGAGCACGCGGCGACAACGACAUCCCCUUCGCCAGAGACCUCCCAGGCGAGGACAUCCCCAUAGAGGACGAGGAGCCCGCGCCCCGCGGCACCAUCACCGCCAACGAGCGCCAGACCUUUGAGCGCAUCUUUGCCGACAUCGCCGCCCGCGGCCUGCAGCCCAACGCCCAACGCGAUCCGCCCGCGCCCGCCCCCAGCGCCCGCCGGACGACCAACCUCAUCCUCGAGAGGGCCGCCCAGGAUGCCGGCCAGCAACGUCCCGGCGCCGUCAUAUCCCCUGCGCUGUACAUCGAUGCUGCCAAGGACAAGAACAAGGCUCUGCUGCGUUUCCCGCCUUCGCUGCGAGCCGCCGCCAGCAGGGCUUUCGAACUGCUUCACCCAGACCAUCCUACCGUCCGCUCGCCACCGCUCGGCCCGGACAGGGCCCGCGCGAACACGACCGACGAAGACGAGGGCUGGGGAUCCCCCACCAACUCGUUCCAGCGUAUGGUGGAGAUCGAUGCCAAGAGGCACCCGGAGCAGAAGCGCGUCGAGGCCUUGAUGUCCGCCGCCCGCACCGACUUCGACCUCUGGGACGUGAUGGAGAAGGAGGUCUUCACGUACCCCGAGAAACUCGGCUUGGGGAGCGUGGACGCCUCACCUAAGCCCUCUGGAAGGAAAGCCGGGAGCAAGGCAUCCGAGAAAGCCGCCGAACCGCCCGUCGAACCGCCGGCCGAGAGCGCCAGCGGUCCACCGACCGAAAAGCUGGAUUUGUACCUAUACGGCCCUCUGUACCCCUCUUUCCUCCUUUUUGGCCUGCGGCGUCUCGACACAGCCUUCACCAAGCCAUCGCCCCUGACUCUGUCCGUUCUGCCCCGCAUCAAAGAUCUUGGUCUGGAAUCUUUCGUCCUGGGUGUUUCGACCCCCUUUUACAAUGAGCUUCUGAGCAUAUACUAUCGCAGAUAUGGCAACCUGUCCAAAAUGAUGGAGCUUCUGGAAGAGAUGCGCCAUUCCGGCUUGUACUUUGAUGAAAAUACUGCCGCCGUCCUCAACAAGACCUACAGUGCAGUCAAUGCAAUGGGUCAUGGCAAGCGUGGUACUUUCGCACAGGCCGUUAUGAGCAUGCCUGACUACGAGAGGUCCCUGCGAGAACGAUUGAGGCAGUGGCACCGCACUGUAGAUAUCUCCAUCGCACAGAGAGAUGUUGACAUCGACUACCAACAGCUCGCGCGCACUUGA